UCUCUCUUUCUCUCUAACAAAAGUCAAUUAACCCUCAGUUUGAACUGAGAGAAAGAGAGAGAGAGAGAGUGUGUUGAGUCAGUAAAUGGGUUCAUUAGAAGGCCUGUGUGCUUGCUGCCUGGCUGGCUGGCUGUUGGCCUUGCCAACUUAUUGUCUCUGUCUCCUUUUGGCCGCAGGUGAACACAAGGCCCAAUGACUGUUCCCCCCGCCGCCGUCGGCUCUAUGCCCAACAAUAGUUCCAGUCUAAAGAAGUCAUCCGCAGAGCUAAAGAAGAUUUUGACGAAUGGACAGAUCAAUGGCCAAGACAUACAAUACCAGGAGCAGCUUGGCCAUGGAAACGGAGGGACCGUGUACAAAGCGUUCCAUCUUCUCGGGAACAGAGUGUUGGCGGUGAAGGUCAUUCCUCUGGACAUCACAGUGGAGCUACAGAAACAGAUCAUGUCCGAGUUGGAGAUCCUCUACAAGUGUGAUUCCUCCUACAUCAUAACCUUCUACAGUGCCUUCUUUGUGGAGAACAGGAUCUCCAUAUGCACAGAGUACAUGGACGGUGGCUCUCUGGACGUAUACAGGAGGAUUCCAGAACAUGUGUUGGGUAGGAUCUCUGUGGCGGUAGUGAAAGGCCUAACCUAUCUAUGGAGCCUGAAGAUUCUUCACAGAGAUGUCAAGCCUUCCAACAUGCUGGUCAACACUAGAGGUCAAGUGAAGCUCUGUGACUUUGGAGUCAGCACGCAGUUGGUGAAUUCCAUCGCCAAGACGUAUGUGGGAACUAACGCCUACAUGGCACCAGAGAGGAUAUCUGGGGAGCAGUAUGGCAUCCAUUCAGACGUCUGGAGCGUGGGCAUCUCCUUCAUGGAGUUGGCACUGGGCGCUUUUCCCUAUCCACAGAUUCAGAAAAACCAAGGAUCUUUAAUGUUACUGCAAUGCAUCGUUGAUGAGGACCCUCCUGUUCUUCCUGUGGGUCAGUUCAGCCAGAACUUUGUCCACUUCAUCACACAGUGCAUGAAGAGACUCCCUAAAGAGAGACCUGCUCCCAACAACCUGAUGGACCAUGCCUUCAUCCUGCUCUACGAUGAUGGCAAUGCAGAGGUGGUGUCCAUGUGGGUGUGUCGCUGCCUAGAGGAGAGGAGAGCCCAGGCUCAGGGACAGAUGUGACCCCGUAAACACAGGAGACCACAGAGAAGUUAGGGGUCCAGGGUAUUAUGUAGGGCCAGGAUGAUACCGGUAUCUCUAUACUCGUUAAUAUCGUGGCAAAGAAACAAAACACAAAGCGCUUUUUAACUUCGUUAGGACACAGCCCUAAUGUUGAAAACAAACAUAUUUUCAUCCAGAGUCACAUUUAUUUAUUUUCUAUCUAUAGCUCACAAUAUUUUACAUACAGCAGGUGUUUAAAGGACUAACGAGUUUGGUCUGCUUUGUGUUUUCAUUUUUGCCAUAGAAACAAUAUUGCGAUACUUGUAUCGUCCCGGCCCUAAUAUCAUGCCCCAAUCUCUCUGGACUUUGACCAUUCGUGAACCCCAGGAGUGGACAGUAUAUAUCAAAGACACGGCUUCUAAAACGUAUUGAAGACGUCCAUGGUGUAAAGAGGGCGUCUGUACGUCCAACUUCAGUAAGCCAAGAGGAUACUGUAUCUUUACAACUGAACGUUAGUUGCAAGUGGAACUUUGUUAUCUGGGCCCUUAGCACGUUGACUGAUGUCUUGAUGGUGUAUCCUGGUGACUCUUACACUCCAAACCUGGCUCUGUGUUGACGCUGCUUUAUCAAUGAAUUUUCAAUUGAGUGGGACUUAUUCCGUGACUGUUUGCCUACUUAGUUAUUUCUAACUCAGAGAGACUUUAGACAGAAUGUCAGAGUAAGUGAUCAACGAUGAGAUGGGACUUGAAAACCCAAAUGCAAUAACAAAGAAGUGCUAUUUUCCAGGAUGACGCUCGGAUAACCUGUUACGCUUUAUUGUUGGCAGCUUUCUAGUGAAUGUCGAGGUGUGUAUGGCAGUAACCCAUGUGUGUGCCUAAUGUUUUUAUAAUGACGUUUCUUUGACAUUACUUUACCUCAUCGAGAUACACUAUAUAUACGAAAGUAUGUGGACACCACUUCAAAUUAGUGGAAUUGGCUAUUUCAGCCACACCCGUUGCAGACAGGUGUAGAAAAUCGAGCACAUAGCCAUGCAAUCUCCAUAGACAAACAAUGGCAAUAGAAUGGCCUUACAGAAAAGCUCAGUGAAUUUCAAUGUGGCACCGUCAUAGGAUGCCACCUUUCCAACAAGGCAGUUUGUCAUAUUUCUGCCCUGCUAAAGCUGCCCUGGUCAACUGUAAGUGCUGUUAUUGUGAAGUGGAAACGUCUAGGAGCAACAACGGCUCAGCAGCAAAGUGGUAGGCAACACAAGUUCACAAAAUGGGACCGCCAAGUGCUGAAGCGCGUAGUGUAAAAAUCGUCUGUCCUCGGUUGCAACGCCCUACCGAGUUCCAAACUGCCUCUGGAAGCAACGUCAGCACAAUAACUGUUUGUCGCAAGCUUCAUGAAAUUGGUUUCCAUGGCCAAGCUUCGGCUUGUGUAGUGUAAAGCUCGCCGCCAUUGGACUCUGGAGCAGUGGAAACGCGUUCUCUGGAGUGAUGAAUCACACUUCACCAUCUGGCAGUCCGACAGACAAAUCUGGGUUUGGCGGAUGCCAGGAGAACGCUACCUGCCCCAAUGCAUAUGGUCAACUGUAAAGUUUGGUAGAGGAAUAAUGGUCUGGGGCUGUUUUUCAUGGUUCGGACUAUGCACCUUAGUUCCAGUGAAGGGAAAUCUUAACGCUACAGAAUACAAUGACAUUCUAGACGAUUCUGUACUUCCAACUUUGUGGCAACAGUUUGGGGAAGGCCCUUUCCUGUUUCAACAUGACAAUGUCCCGUGCACAAAGCGAGGUCCAUACAGAAAUGGUUUGUCGAGAUCGUGUGGAAGAACUUGACUAGCCUGCACAAAGCCCUGACCUCAACCUCAUCGAACACCUUUGGGAUAAAUUGGAACGCCGACUGCGAGCCAGGCCUAAAUCGCCCAAUAGUCCCCACAGCAAUGUUCCAACAUCGAGUGGAAAGCCUUCGCAGAAGAGUGGAGGCUGUUGUUAUACCAGCACAAGGGGACCAACUCCAUAUUAAUGGCCAUGAUUUUGGAAUGAGAUGUUCGACAAGCAGGUGUCCACAUACUUUUGGUCGUGUAGUGUACAAUGGCCUCAGUGGUAGUAGUGAUACAGGGCGACCAUUUUGCUCACAUAUGUGUCUAAAUAUUUUGCUGUGUGAAAAUCAUCUAGAUAAUUGUUGCAAUGAUUGCUUCACUGUACCGCAGCCCCUAAGUGCCAUGGAGAAUACACUGAGCGCAGAUUCAUGACAGUCAUGCUUGCACCAUUACUACAAAGAAAAUGGCUUGUUACUUCAAAUAUUUUUUAUUGUGCUCUUAAAUUCCCUUGUGUGCUGCAAAAUGUUUCAACUUUGGUGCACAUGUGCUCCUUGUAAAACGUAAAGGUCAGCGUAGAGCCCUGUAGUAGUAGUAAUAAUAGUACUGGUAAUAAUAGUAGUAGUAGCAGUAACAGUAGUAGUAGCAGUAGCAGUAGUAGUAGUAGAAGCACUGCUUGGGGAUCCUAAACUUUAUCAGGCCGCAUUGUGGGGACUCUUCAACCACUCAGUGCCAUGGAGUUCUAUUCUUCCAAACCUGUUAAUGAUGCAACACAAACAAACUUCACAACAACCAAACAGCUUUGAGAAAAGUCUUAAAGUACUUUCCAUUUUGUAUUUAUGUUAAUUUGGAGACGAGCAUCGGAUUUUUGUUGAUGAUUCCAUUAACCCACCACCUGUAUAACCAUACUUAUAUUAUCCCUCAAACAUACUCCUUAACGUGGAACUGACAGCAUUUUAACUACUUUGCAGAUAUGAAACAAACAAUCAUAUCAGUAAAAAAUAUACAAUUCCCAGUUUAUGCUACAAAACCAACUUGUCAGAGGUUUUAAAAAUAGGUUAUAUUUGACAAGAAAAUCCAUGACGUACAGUAAGGCAUUGUUUUCAGAAUAAAUGGAAAUAGUUCAAUGCGUGAUUAAUAUAGUCGCCAUCAGGUUGUAAAUCACAGCUGGUCUGGUACACUGUUUGCUGUCUCCACCCAAUUCGGGAUGCUUGGUUUGUUUCAAUGACUCAAUAUUUUGGACAAAAACAGCUGGGAAUGUCAAUAUAUUCAAACUAGCAAGGGCAGUGAUCACAAGUCAGUCAUGAUGUGGCUAAUAGGCUAGCAUACCUAUUUAUUUAGCAAGGUAAAAACACAGAGCCAAACGUUAGCUAGCUAGCUUCUGGGAGGUAUUGGGUGGAUGUCAAGUCAUUGGGUGAGUGAGUGACCGACUUUUUCCCCUCCGUUUUUUGGUGGCUACAGCUAGAGAUGCAGGUGUCAUUUGGUUAGCUAGCAAGAAAUGUGAAUCGCUUUGCUAGCUAGCCAUGUUGAGCUAGCUAUGCUGACUGUUAUCCAGUUAGCAUAUAUCUUGCAUUCGUAAAUUCAUUCUGGCUAUCUACUCCGAUUUCAGAGCACUCUCGUCUGAGUGUGCCAGGGCGCAGAACAACUGAUGAAUUUACGAACGUGUAACACCAGCUGAAUAUGACCGUGUCAGUAAACGUAAGCAAAAAACGUAAUUCAAUUGUUGCCAGCAGCACAGUUAGUCACUAACUCUCUAGAUAACAUGAAAACAGCCUAACCAGCUUUGCUAGGGUGCGUAAAAUGGUCAGCGUGAGAUGUUCUCUCAUUUGUGUCGAAGUAGAGAUAGCUUGGGUGCUUGACUGCGGUAGAGGAACGCUGGGAUCAACCCUCCUCCUCGGCCGGAGCACUUACGCUCGAAUUUACAGACAAUCUGACAACGCUCCAAAUGCAUGAAUGCCGAGUGCACUAACACACGGGAAGCAAUUUACAAACGCACCCUUAGUUGUCAAUCAAAUGUAUUUGGCAUCGAUCAAAUGGAAAGGCAGGCAAAUUCCCAUUCAGUUGUCAAAACCUGGGUUGGGACAAGGAUGCAGGCAGGCUGCAGAACAGUGUGCAGGCUACUAUUCCCUUUUGUUUAUCAGUGCAAUUAUGACUGCCAACUAGCUGAAAUCAUUUGAGAGGGUUUAUCUAAUGUUCCCUCAUUAGAUUUUAGCUCAUCUCGCUCUGGCUAGCAUUAGUUGUUGAUCUUGUUGAUGUGUAUAACUGAGGAAGAGAGACUACCUUUUCAUGGUUGUUUGAUCAAUGACUGUAAAGUUACCAAAUGUAAGAAGGCUCCUGUGGUAUUUACAUACAUUUAUUUGCAGAAAUAAAUGCAGGUGUAUUUUGUGGCUUUUGGCGAAUGCGUUCUAAUGAGCUAAAGUCGCGCUGUUGCUACUGCCUGUAAACACACACACACAGUCCAGUUCAAAGUAAAGGAUGGCAGGGCCCUGUGACAAAUUGCUUAUUUGCAUAAAGGCCUACUGUAGCUCUGAUUGGCGCACCAGUCUGUGUAGACGCCGGUCCUGGACGAGACAGACGUUUUUAAUAGGUUUUAUUUACUGCAGUGUCUACUCAUUGUCCAAACACAGACACUUUCCCAUUUUAUAUUGCUAUAGAAUUUUCACAAAUGCCUUACUCUACGUCAUUCUAUACAAAUGUAAAAAUUACCAUAUCUAAGUGCUCGCUUGCCAGAAAAGGUAAAUUUUUUAAAAAAAAAUAGAUAUAAAAAUUGUGUAAUUGUUCCUGGGGGUGUAUAUGGACAGGACUUUAAUAAGAUUGCAAGUUGUUAAAAUGCUGUCAGCUCCACUUUAAUGCCUAGGUUGCUUGGUGCAGACGGUAUUGCAUUUUCUUAAUGAAUAUUUCAAUAGAGAAACCUGGACCAGUUGUGUGUGUGUGUGUGUGAGGGGAUUAUAUUUAAAGAGAAAUCAGUUAAAGGAGUCAUUCACAGUUCAGAACAAUCAGCUUUUACUCCUGUUUUAUUUUACAUGCUACACUGGAAAUAUUAGCUUCACUUUGUUCUCCAAAUUAUUCCUGGCAAUGAGAGGUUUGGCAGCACUCUCCAGUGCUUUAAUAGAUGGUUCUGUAGUAAGCGUCUCACAGAAGGAGUGCUGAUUUAAAACCCGUUUUGCCUUUUAGAUCCCAACGGUAAGAUUACAUGGACUGGGAGGGGGGGGGGACCUGAUCCUAGAUCAGCACUCCUACUCUGAGACCCUUGACACAUACGGACAAAAAAGCUAUCUGGUAUGCAGAGACUCUGUUAGACAAUGUAGUGACAACCUUUCAUACAGUUGUCUCAGACUUUGCCGUAAUGUGAUUUAAGUGGCCUUCUGUGAACACCCAGUCUGAGUAUGCCAGUUGAAAUGGUUUAAUGUGUUGUUGUGCAAUGUGAUAUGUAAAUUCACCAUUCAUUCAUUUGAUCAGGGGAAGAGAGUGCAAUAAUAUAACCGCGUCAACAAUAACAAAAAGUUAAUGUCCUUGUAUUUCUACGACCAAUAAUGUAUUCUCUCUUCGCUGAAAGAUUGCCCAGUGUUUUUUGCAAUAACCAUGAGCGUUUUUAAAAUAUAAGCUGUACCCAGUCACCCAUGACCAUGAAAAGUAUUCUAUGUCAAAACUAGCUGUAGCAAAUUGGAUGCCUUUUGAGUUUGAAUUGGUUCGUGAACUGGAUUAAUUGAUGAAUGAGACAUGGAUUAAAGUGAUUCACUUUUGAUAAUAACAA